AUGGUUUUGCCGACUUAUAUCGUUGCAUCAGUCGAAUUUAUUCAUCUGUGCUUAAUCCGUGUUCUUUCACAGUGCUAUCCAAUGGACGAUAUAGAUAAAUUAGUGGGCCAGCUGAGUGACGCACAGGUGGAUCCUACGGCGUUGGGUACGGGUACAGUAUCGGAGAAAAUGUAUAAAACCGUUCCAAGUGAGCAUCCACAUUUUAGUAAGUUCAAAAACGCUGGACGAGCUGCUGAGCAGCAAGCACGACGUAGAGAAGAUGCAAUUGAAAGGCAACGUAAUAGCCGUUUCGAUCAUUUUAAUCACACGAGAAAGCUGGCUGAGAAUGUGAGUGAUGAUGAGGCUGAAAUUGUCGAACAGCUGAAGACAGAUGGAGAAGAAGUCCCUCAAGAUCUUCGGAAAAGGCCUACUAAGUCGAGGUACGCGGAUGAGCUAAUGCUUAGCGAAUGGCUCGUAGACAUACCAGAACAGCUAUCUUCGGAAUGGAUGAUGGUACCGUCACCAGUUGGCAAACGGGUUUUAGUAGUAGCGGCUAAGGGUGCUACAACGGCCUAUAAUAAAGCCGGUAAAACCAUAACACAGUUUCGGUCGCGGUUACCAGGAGGAUCUGGGAAGUCAAGUGCGUAUACGAUAUUGGAUUGCAUACUGGAUGCAAAAAAGACGUUCUACUGCCUGGAUGUUCUGGCCUGGAAUGGUAUGGAUAUGAGUGCAAAUCCUUUCGACUUUCGACAGUUUAUGCUAAGCUCCAAGCUGAAGGAGACUCCUGAGCUGUCGACUGCCUCGAGGCAGUACCCCUUCGAACUGGAUGGUUUGUUAUACUACCACAGUGGUGUAGUCUAUGAGGCUGGCCAGAGUCCGUUGGUUGGCUGGUUGAAACCGUGGAUGUUGCCAGAAAUUUUGAAUGUGACGGUGCCAGAAAAAUUCUUAAAUGAGAAUCAACUACAACAGUCAUCCCAACAAUUUAUCGACGCCUUCAACAUCGAACAUCGGCAUACAUCGAAAAUUGUUAAAACUAUGGAGAUGGACUGA